AUGGCUCUAGGUUUGUCCAGGUCACGUAUUGGGGUCGUCCUGAACCAGCAGGGGCUCUCAGUUCGCCUCGCGUCGCCGUUACAGGCUGCAUCAUGCGUGCAUUCCGGCAUUGCCCUUUCUCGAACUUACACAACAGCCAGUGCGUCUUUGACCAAAAAGACUCCAGUUACGGCAAAAGGGACAAGAAAAGAUGCACACCUAUCACCCCCACCUCCUAAACAGAAAGCUGCUUCUCGAAAUCCGCCAAAAAAAGCUACAUCUCGAGAAAUGGAGAGCGCAAAACAUGUCGCCGACGAAGAACCUCUACCAACGAAAAUAUCCGAAGAGGAAAAGCUCAAGGAGGUGGAACGAAUGUUGGCAUUCCAGCACCUUAUGCCUACUGUUGAUGCAUGGGGGCAAGAGAUCAAGGAAACACUAGAUGUUAUGAUACCUCUGUCUGUCAAUUAUAGAGAGCCUAAAGCAGCUUUCAGUUCCCUGCAGAAAAACGUAAUCAAUUCUCUCAAAAACAUCUCGUCACUCGCAGCGCUGAUAAAUGAAAAUGCUUUACCUGGUCUUUAUCACGGUUCUGGAUUCAUGGCACGGAUACGCCAAAUGAUGCAAAUCUUUAGGACACAAUCUGUCGAGGCAGAUGCAAUAAUGGCACCAGUGCGCGAGAUGGCACUUAAUAAUUACCAAGCUCUUAAUAACGCUAUUGCAAGCCGUGCUGAUAAAGAAGUGAGAAAAUACACAACGUCUGGUUACCUCAACCAGUCUCUCCAAUUGUCCAAAACGUUCAGGUCGAAGAUCCCUCCCAAAGGUCGCAUGAUAUGGCAAAUGCACCGAACGAUCACACCAGUCCAAGUUUUGUCGUUGCGGGUGACGGAAGGUUAUCUUGCCCCAGAACCACCUAAACUUGGGAAUCGAUUAAUGGUGCAUGCGUUAGUCAAGUUUGACACAGAACAAAGUUUGGAAAUAUACGACGCAAGGGGUAAUCCGCUGCACACUGUUGUGACCAACCCGGAUCGUAUGAUAGACAGUGAGCAACCCAAGGAAAGUUGGCGUGUACCAGCACCCCGGAAGCGUGUCACCGAAUAUCUAGUCUUGGAAAAGAAAAUGUGGCAUCAAGGACCUUGGCAAUUCCGAGAACAGCUAUGGCCAUUUUGA